AGACGUAAACAACAUGAAAGUCUUUGUGCUCUUAUAUUAAUACUGCAAUUGUAUUUUGCUCUUAGACGUCGGUGUGUUCAAAGCCAUGGAGAGAAGUUCACAUAGGCGGUUGAUCGACUAGGUUUUUCUCUAUCUCUCUGUUUAAAUCAACGAUUGCGAUAUUUUUAUAACGUAAAAGAACGAAGGUGCUCUAUACGUCUCACGUCUGGGCCCUGGCUGCACUUCAAAACUGCGUGCUGUGCUGUGUCUCUUGAAUCUAUCGUCCCAGUAUUCGUCUCAUUUUUAUUAUCGAAGACUCUGCUUUGUCAAUAUACAUGGAAGGAAGCGGCGCCGAUGGAACGAAACGCCAGAUAUGUCGGCUUUGUCUUUUGUAAUAUCUCGUCCUUUUAAUGUUAUCGUGGCAAAGGAUCGUUCUAGUAUUGUAGUAAAAACCGUAGAAAAUGUUGGACACGGAAAAUGCCCGAAAAAUUAUAUGUCUUGUUGAGCUGGCCUCACACGACGAAUACUUUUUACCUAUCCAUCGUUAAACGAAACAGUUUUUAAUAUUUAUUCCCAAGGGAUUUUAAUUCAAAGACAACGAUGGGGAAACAUUGUAAACAUGGCAACGAUAGACGUAAAGAAGAAAAGAAGUUAAACUCGGACAAUAGUGAGGGUGACUAUAAGUUGGUGCAACAUGAAAUACUUUGCUCGCCAACCUCUCAUUCAAAAUACGAAAUUUUGGAAUUUUUGGGACGCGGGACAUUUGGCCAAGUGGUCAAGUGCUGGAAACAGGGCACCGAUGAAUGUGUUGCUAUAAAAAUUUUAAAGAAUCACCCGUCAUAUGUGCGACAGGGGCAAGUUGAGAUCAGCAUUUUAGCGCGUUUGCGCGCAGAGAAUUCGGAAGCGUACAAUUUCGUUCGGGCAAUCGAAUAUUUCCAACAUAAGGGGCACACAUGUUUGGUAUUUGAAAUGCUCAAGCAGAACCUAUAUGACUACCUGAAGCAGUCUAAAUUUAGCCCAAUGCCUCUAAGGAGGAUUCGACCGAUCAUUCAACAAGUUUUAAUGGCUUUAUCCAAACUCAAAUCUCUCGGACUUAUUCAUGCCGACUUGAAGCCUGAAAAUAUCAUGUUGGUCGAUCCGGAUAAGUUCCCUUUGCGCGUAAAAGUAAUUGACUUCGGCUCUGCGACACAUGUCUCAAAUACCGUUUGUUCGACAUAUCUCCAGAGCAGAUAUUACAGAGCACCAGAAGUUAUUCUUGGUUUACAAUUUAAUGAAGCCAUUGACAUGUGGUCGCUUGGUUGUGUCAUGGCAGAACUAUUUCUUGGUUGGCCAUUAUAUCCUGGGUCAUCUGAAUAUGAUCAGAUCCGUUAUAUCAUUCAAACACAAGGCAAUAUCGGGCUGUUUGAACUGCUUAUUGUUGGUACAAAGGUCUCUCGCUUUUUCAAGAAGACCAAUUUUGAUAAAUCGACAAUGAUGUGGGAAUACAAAUUAAAGGAACCGCUAGAGUAUGAAAAGGAAACAAAAAUUAAAUCCCAAGAGGCAAGAAAAUACAUCUUCAAGAAUCUUAACGAUAUUGCAGACGUGAAGUUUCCGAGUGGUUUGUCUGGUAUUGAUAAAAGAGCGGAGAAAGUUGACAGAAACGAGUUUGUAAAAUUAUUGAAACUGCUGUUGACAAUUGAUCCCGAGAAACGAAUCACUCCUGACGCAGCUUUGAGUCAUCCAUUUAUUACACUGACUCACUUGGCUGAGUACAGUAACAGUGAUGUAUUCAACUCGGCCGUUCACAAAAUGGAGGCUUGUUGUCGCAACAACGCCUGCACAGAGCAGAAGUCGAACACGUUGGUGGGAAACACGUACAGUCGAUUACCCUGUAAUAACAGGAAUUCGAUGUUGACAUUUCCAACGUCCUUCAGAGAUAACAUUAUGAAUCAUAACAUUCCGGACACGUCGUACAUACCCCAGCAGGUUGUGUCCGGUGCACCGCCACUAAUCACCAUGGGAAAGCCACUUGUCGUCAACAUCCCUGCGCCAACCAUUCAGCAAACAAACGUCACAAGUGUACCUGUUGCCAUGCCAACGUCACAUCGCCAAAUGUACAUGAAGUUCGUUCCAUGGCAAAAUGUUGGUGGACACGGCAGUCAGCAAGCACCUGCACAUUCUGAAUCUUGGAGGACACAAACAAAGUGUGUAUCUAAUGACAAUGGAUACAUAUCGGGCGAUACCAGUCCGUUUUAUCAUGUGGACCCAAACGUCACCCAGGUACGCGGAAACCGCGAUGAGAACAACCAGCGUGGUGGAAGCAUGUUUACCGCAGGUUUGGGCUCGUCCAUUUGGAAUCCAGCGACAUGCCGACCAUCUGCUUCCACGUGGAAAUACCCCAGCGCGACCAGAACACACUUGGAUAACCACGAAUACGAAUUACCUAACUUUCAGCAUCCGUGUUUAUCGUCGCCUGGUCGGAGACCGCCGGUGAGCGACAUUAAUUUUGGAAAUGGGAAUCAUUGUGACCUCAGCCCAAUGGUAAUUUCACCGGACCGUACGACGAAAGAUUACACGAUGAGGGGAAAGCCGAAAACAAUUUGUUCGCCAAUCGUAAUACAUGACAGUCCUUCGCCCAGCGUUAUUACCAUUUCAAGUUCCAGUGACAGAUCAAACUCCGUUGAUAUAACAGGUCAAAGCACAUCUACGUUUAGCAACGAAGGAAUCGCAGAUGACUUUUUCUCGUUACCUCGCAACAACUUUUUGCUUAAUUCUGAACGCAAUUUCCAAGGCGGAGAGGCGCCGGCUAAUUCGUGCCCAGGUUAUUGCUCUGGUCAUAGCGAGGAAUUUUUACACGGAAUGAAGGAUCGUAAUACUGACCAGGAAACGCAGCUGCCGCUGGCUACCCUGCCUGAGCCUGCUCCAAGGCACAAACAGUCUUGCAUAAGGGACAUUUGGAUAAGUCCGAGAACAGGCUGUGCCACAAAGCAAUCGGAGAGUACAAACUAUUUGAACGUCGAUGAUAAUGAAGAUGACGUCUCUGCAACAAGGAAGUGCAUUUCACCGGAAAUCCCUCUUGUUAAAGAUGAAACAAUUCUUGAGUGCAGUUCUGGGCGGUCUGUUGACUUUGAGAAGGCUUGUAAAGUCAGGAGGACUGGGAAGAAUUAUUUUUCAUCACGUGACCAAGAGACUCAAACCCUGCAUGAUACCGCUUCUGCGUUUACCAAUCCAAGAGGUUCAUCACGAGCACGGGAAUUCAUCGAGAUGAGCCGUAAGAAUCACAGUCCAACGGUUAAAAUGCAGGCAGGGAAUUCAUUCCAGUUAUUGCCAACCUUCAUCCCUGUUCCAUCGGAUCCCAACGGCGCGUGUUUCCUCUCACCGACCCUUGGGUAUCCGGUAAGUGCUUCAGGCCAUCCCCCGUUCGCCCAAAUGCCGUCCACGACGCAUGUUCUCCAUCCAGGUAAUGCUGGACAUGAUCAUUUUGUAUAUCUUCCUUCACAAAUGUAUUCUCAUAUUCCUCAUGCUGUAUCAACAGUCUAUACCUCACAGGUUCCUCCUAAUGUCACUACAGUGCGCUCACCCUCGGCUCUGCCGGUCAUACUGGCCCCAGGCCGCGUGGCGUACAAGGAACCCCACGCACCGGUGCCAAAUUACGCGAUACCCGGCCCAUCGUUUGUGUCCCCCUCGUCCCCGGGGGCUUCCAUGAGGCACAAUCAACCUGGAGGUCAUUUAAAUACGUACCGACAAUAUCUAAUGAGGCCUGCGGCCCAUGUAUUAGGACCCAUGUAUCAAUAGUAGUGUUUUAAUAAUCAAUUAUCGUAGCUACGACUGUAGGUUGUAGCUUAUUUGGCAGGGUUAGGGAAACGCAUUGAGCACUGAAAGGCGUGUGAGACACAGGGGUAUAAGAAUUCAAAAUCUCCCAGUAAACAAAAAUCAAGUUUCAGUAGCAUUAAAAGUACAUAUUAGUAAGACCCCUGAGUAAAUGUAUUUUUCGAGUGUUUUUCGCUUAAUCAACAUUUUUCGCGCCUUGCUCUCUUUGCGUGCUCCCCUCCAAAAAAAAUGCCAGGUAUCCUUUCCCACUUUAUCUAGUACUUCAAAAAGUACCUCGGCGUUAAGUAACCUGGCAUAUGUACCAUAUUUAGUCGAGGUGGAUUUUAGAUCUCUAGAUUUUUACCAAAUUCUAAACGCCCGUAGCGAAAUGCGUGCAGCGAAAGAGUAUAAUAUCAACCAACUUAUCCAUAGACUUGUAGGCAAAAUUGUGGAGGUUUAACGGUUCUGGCGCUAAUUUGAGCAAUUAGUUUCCAAACCGCAAGAAAGUCCUCUAAUUAUAUGUUAGAAUUUUAGUCAUAUAGUUGGCGAUAUAUUUGCGAAAAUAUUUUAAUGAAGAAACGCAAAGCUUUUGCCAUGUCGGAACAACAGACUCACGUUUUCCAAAAUGGCUCCUGAAAACAAGGUGAAAAAUGUCACUGGACACAAAUCCUAGUCAUAUUGCGGAUAUAUUGGCAAAUUGAUUUUUUCACGCGAAGAGAAUGUCUUCUUUUGUGUUGUGAGUCAUUUGCCCAGAAAGGCCAGAUAAGAGCUCAAGAACAAAAGCAGAAAUUCGCGUGAUUGAAAAGUCGCAAUUCAUUGUAAUUUUGGUUGAUUGGCCAGAAUUACCGAAAGUUACGAUUAUCAGGUGCAAAUUACGACAAAUUGUGACCCGUAAAUACCGGUCUUAAAGAAGGCCAUUUGUCUAUAAGCUUUAUACAAUAUUUGUAAGGGAAAGCUAUAUUAGAUUUCGAUGUUUUAGGUCUAUAUUUACAAUAUUUUUAGGAAAUAAUUUAAUACAUUUGGCUUUGUUGUGUAUUUCACAACAGCGGCAUAAUAUAGCAGUCCGGAACACCAACAGCGAAUACAGUUUGGAUCUUGUUCUCCAAACUUCUCUUAUUUUCUUAACUAGUUUGAAUAGCGCAAACAUAAAGGAUCGACAUUCAGCCUCUUUUUAGUAUGACGAAACACCUUUUUGGUAAUUACGUCACAUUUUUAUCGUUUUAUAUUUAGAACCACCUUAAAUGAUAUGGAUUUUAAGUUUAACUCUCGAAAGCUAUACGUUCAAAGAUGCAAAACAUCCUUCUUCAACACAAGCCUGAAAAAGAUUUUUUAUUUUGACUAAUACAUGUUGAAAUAAUUAUAAGCUGUAACACCAAAACGAGACUAAAGACCAGACCCAGAGCCUCGAUCGUUCUCGUGUUAUUUCCACACUUAUUUGUCAAAAUGAAAAAAUAUUUUUCAUGCAUGUGUGAUUAAAACUUGUGAGAGUAAAAUUUGAAAUUCAUCUCGUUAAGGUAGUUCUAAAUUUAAAACGACAAUUUUGUGACGUAAUCACGGAAAAGGUCUAUUAUAAAUAUAUUUGCAAAUCUUUUGAAGAAUUUCUUUCGUUUGCAAUUAUCCGAAAUGUUUUAUUCCAGAUCAAACUCGUGGUAUAUAUAAUAGGUUAUUUUUUUUAAUUUCAUCGCAAGGACUGAACUUAUUCGCUUCAUGUGUGUCAGACCUGUUUUAGACCAUAUAUCCAAGUAACACUUAUACCCAUAUAAUUCACUAGCGUAGGGUAUUGAGGUAAAUUGAAAGAAUAGUGGUAUUCUGGGGAUUGUAUCAAAAAUUGUAUUCACACGUAUGGUUUGCAUUUAAUGCAUUGAUGGCAUUUUGUAAUGCUUCUGUAAAUAAGUAGUAGCUAAUACCUAGCAAACGACGUUUAGGAAAAUAAAAUUAAAACUUCA